AUGUCAUCGAGAAGACUAUCGUUUACUAUACCACAACAUGAACAUAAAAUUCAGGCUAAAGAAAACUCAAUUUAUGCAUUAAAAGAAAUACACAACACUAUAAAAUACGAUUGGCCACGAAUACUAGAAAAUGAUGCAAAUCCAAUUGAAUUUGCAAUAUCACUUUUAGAUGAUUCUUCAGUCGGAAUGGCUCAUCGAUUAAAAGAAUUUCAAAGAAUGAAAAAUUCAACUGAAAAGGCGUUAAGAAGUGUAGUGAAAGAUCAUUAUGAAUUGUUUAAUAAUAGUAUUGGAUCAUAUCAUAUGCUAUUAUCUACUUUAAAUCAAUCACAACAAGAUUCAGAAGUCAUUAAAACAUUUUUGGACUCAACACAUAAAGAACUUUCUGAUAGAAGUGCAGUAUUAGCAGAGUUGUCAGAAACUUCUGCAAGAUAUUCAGAACUGAUUGAUAUCCUAGAUGCUAUGACUGAAUUGAAUAAAAUACCUGAGGAAAUUGAUCAAUUGAUUACUGAAAAAAAGAUCCAUGAAAUUUAUGACGUUAUAGCAAAAGGUUAUAAAUUAGCUGAAAAAUAUAGUUUAUGGUCAUUACCUGCAAUGAAUACCAUAAAAAUUUAUUUGGAACAACAAUCGAAUAAGUUAUAUGAUAUGAUAGUUGAUGAAUUACAGAAUGAAAUAUAUAUGAAAAACAGUAGAUCUGUUAAUAGUGCUGGUGUUUCAUCUUGGCAAGCACUUAUGACUUCAAAUAGUCCCUUUUUAGCAUCAUUUAUUGCAUUAUUAAAACUGGAAAAUUUAGAACAAUAUGUUCAUAAUUCAGCAAAUUUGGAUAUAACGGAAACAGUCGAUUAUUUGACAACUCCAGUGAAAUCAUUUAUUUCAAAUCAAUUACCAAGAUUGCAUAAACGUAGCAUAAGUAACGAUGGAUCAAUUGACUACAAAAUAUUAUUAGAUAGUACCCUGAAUCCAAAUAAUGAAUCAUUUUACUACAUUUACAUGCUUUUGUUGACAGCAUCAAAAUUAGGUAGAUUAAGUCAAGUAGUUAACACUUUGAUUGAAUCAAAUCAUCUGGAAAUAAAUGACUUGAUAUCAAGAACUACAGAAGCAGUUAAAUCGAGAAAUGGUCAUGCAUUAUCUAAAUUGUCAAAAAUUCAAUAUCUAGAAACAGAGUCCUUAUUUGAUAUCAUUGGUCGCCAUAGUUUCAAUGAUUCAGCAGUUAUAAUUUUACAAGAGCUUUUUGGGUCCGUGGUUGUUAAAUCUUUAAUGACAAUCCAAAAACAUAAAGUCAUCAGUCAAAUAGUAUCACUAAUUGAACAAGAUGAAACUCAUUCGAAAAAGCCACAUGUAAAUACCGAAGGUCUUAUGCGAGUAUGGGAAAGUACAAAACUAGAGGUGAAAAAUUUAAUAUUAAAUUAUAUUCAUGAUGAUAAAUCCAAUAAAAUACUUGAUCCAAUAGAUCAAAGUAAAAAGAUUUCACGUCAAAACAAAUUAUUUGAGUUUGAAAAUGUUGAUUGGGGUUCAACUAAAUCAGCGCAAGAAUUUUCAGAAUCAUUAGUUGAUAUUUUCCCUGGUUUCCACCUAGAUGAUGAUGACAAUAAAGAAGUUUUAAAUAUGAGAACACCUUAUUUUGAAGAUGAAGCAUUUAGUACUGAAAUUGAAGUUUUAGUUCCUAAAAAUUUACUUAACAUGAGAAUCAUUUUAGAGUCAUUUUUAAUUUUUAUUGAAGGUACCACCAGAAUUUUUUCAAAUUUUAGUAACAACACAUCAAAUCAUAUUGCUAUUGAUUUUUUCAAUGAAUUUAUGAGAUCUAAUUUUAUGACAUAUUUUAAAGAAACAAUAGAUGUGGUAUUUGGAGAUAAAGUUGGUGGAUCAUAUGCAUUUGAUCUGAAACCAAAUGAACCAUCUGGAUUGAAACUUGAUUUACUCUCAUUAAAUCAAGAUACUGAGCUACAAAUAUUAAGUGAAACAACCAUGGGUAAAUUUAAUUCUAAUUUCACGGUAUAUGAAAAUGCAUUUAACUUUAAAAAAUUAUUUCUUGAACUUUGUUUAAUGUUUAACACGUCGAUGACUUAUAGAGCAGAUAUAUCAAAUUCUGUUUUACAAAUAUUACAAAAUUUUGCAACUGAAUAUCAAAAAUUGUUUCAAGAUUUAUUAUCAAAUGAAGGUAGUGGGUCUCAUAGACCAAUACUUAAAAUAAGUAAAUGGAUGAAAAUGCAUACACUUACUGAAAUUAGUGGUACUAUUAUUUUAGACCAUUCAUUAGUUGAAUUACAAUCAGAUUUACCAAAAUUUAUAGCUUCUGAAAGUGGAAUGUUGCUACAAGAAUUUCAAGAUUUGGUGCUCAAUAAAGAUGAUUUGUUGGAUGAACAAACUUUUUCACAAGUUGUGUAUUUAUUGUUAACCACUACUUGGAUAUUAUCAUGGUUAAUCCUAAUCAAAAAACAAUCAAAUCGUAGUGUAUACGAUGAUGAACAGAAUAAAUCAGUGGUUAUAUCAACUUCAGAUAAGAUGAGGUAUAAUUGGUCAUUUUUGGAAAAUGGUCGUUCAACAGUGAAAUUUACUGCCAAUUCUUCAGAUAUACUUCAACAUAAUAUAUGCCUAGCUUUAAAUUCAGAUAAGAUGAUUCAAUUUGAUGAUGUAAUAUCAUGCUUUGAAAGUAUAAAAGAUCAAACUUUAUUAGCAUUACGUUAUGAAUUAAGAAGUAAAGCAUUGUACUACAUUAAUUUAUCAUUUAAUGUUAUGAAUUGGGUUCCAACAACUGAACCAGGAGAUGCUGAUCCAUAUAUUGUAACAUUAAAUCAAGAAGUUUUCAAUGUUGAUAAUAAAUUAGGUAAUACAUUAAAAGAAGAUGAUAAAGAAAGUAUUUUUAUUGGGUACAGUCAAUUCUUAAACGAUUUAAUAAUUCAAGGUUCAACAAAAAUUCACAAAAUAAACGCUAAUGGAGUGAAAAGAAUUUUAUUAAAUAUAUCAACGUUACAACAAAUGUUAAGAAGUUUAUCAUCAAAACCAGAACUUAUCGAUUUUAAUAAAUCAACAUUAUAUUUUGAAAUGUUUGCAUUAAAUGAAUUCAGUCUUUUAAGCAAAAUUAAAUCAAAAACUUUAAAUUUUACUAAAUCUCAAUAUUAUAACUUAGCAAGAUUGAUAUAUAGUGAAAAAUUAGCUGAUGGUAAUGGUUCACUGUUUAAUAAAGGAAAAUAUAAUGAUUUAAUUAAAAAAAUUGAUGAUAUAGUUACAUAA